AUGGAUUUAUCAAGUCCAAACUCUACACCCACAGAAAAUACACCUCUACUUAAAACUAACCAAAAGAGUCAAGAAGAAAUUAAUGUUUUUCAAUCUCCAUCAAAAAUAGACACUUUUAUUAAUUCCCUAUCUCGGUUAUUUAAUUCUGAAACAACAAACACUUUAGACAUUGACACUCAAACAACAUUAUCAACAAAAACACAACUCACAACAUUAUCAGAAUUUAUCAAAGUUGAAAACCAAUAUAAAGAGAAAAGGGAAAGAUGUUUAAAAAGAAAAGGACCUUAUGAGGCAUUGAGAAGUAAUUGA